AUGGUCAACGCUGGAGUCAAUGUAACUCCGCCAGGAUAUUCUAGACUUGAGAUCCUGAACAUUAGGAAGAACCAAUUUUCUGGCAAAGUUCCGGAGGGAAUUUCUUCGUUAAUUCGCCUUCGUGUUCUUGAUAUUUCGUCGAAUAAAUUUUCCGAGAACUUAAAAUUCUUGAAGAACUCUCCGAACCUGGAAAAACUUGUCCUCGCAGAUAAUAUGUUCGUCGGAAAACUCCCUUUAUCGUUGAGGUCUUUUCGGAAUCUUCGAUCAAUCAACAUCUCCGGCAACACUUUACUCGAAGGUCCAUUGCCUGUAAUGAAUCAAUUGGAGCAUUUAUCGUCGGAAACUAUUCCAAAUCGUUAUAUUUUGGCUGAAAAAUCGAUAGAGAGAAACCACACAUCUGCAAGGGCAAUGGCCACUUCUUCGAGUAAAGGCCUUAAUGGCAGCCAAGCUGAAGCUCCGUCCCCCAUGGCAACGACGCGACAUAAGCAUAAGAAGAAGAGGGAAGUGAGGAAAGUACUCGGUUGGGUAGUCGGAUUUCUAGCCGGAGCUUUUGCUGGUAGUCUUUUGGGAUUGGUAUUUUCUUUGCUCUUCAAGUUUAUCUUUGAUCAAAGGGCACAAGAGGGAGAAAGUGGCGCAAUUUCUAGUCCUUUGAUUAUUUCUUGA